AUGUUGGAGGCGUUGCCGUCGGCCGAUCUCGAGUCGAUCAGCACUCGUGAUCCGAUUCCUCUACAGAACGACGCGGUGACUGACGGCGCGCUCAAGAAGAUCAUUGAGUGGUGCGAACAUCAUUGGGACGAUCCGCCACUCGAUCCCGACUUCGACGACGAGAAGGAGCGCCGCAACGAAGAGCUCUCGCAUUGGGACAAACAGUUCAUCGAUAUCCCAGAUCAGGGCGACCUCUUCGACAUCAUAGCCGCCGCCAAUUAUAUGGAUAUCAAGGGUUUGGUGGAAGUCGGCGCUAAACACAUCUGCGCUAAGAUUAAGGGCAAGACCUGCACCGAAGUCAGGGAAAUGUUAAAAAUCCAUAACGAUUUCACUCCCGAAGAAGAGGCGGCCAUUCAUAAGGAGAACGAAUGGAUUUAUGCUAAGGAUUAA